AUGGAGAAAGCGAAGGAGAUGCUGAGGUUGACGCACGAACAAUACGAUGCCGUGUCAAGACUCCAAUUUUUACCAUCACUCAGAACCGGCGAUAACUCCUCCUUCUACGAACACUUCAUCCUUGCCGGAAUCCGAGUUGACCGAGUUCAACCCGGUUUCGUCUCGUGCACUUUCAAAGUCCCCUCUCGCCUCGCCGACAGGAGUGGGAAGUUGGCGAAUGGAGCAAUUGCGAAUCUGGUGGACGAGGUAGGAGGCGCUGUCAUCCACGAAGAGGGUCUCCCCAUGAAUGUUUCCGUCGACAUGUCCAUUUCUUUUCUCUCAACUGCUCGCGUUGGCGAUGAACUAGAAAUUACUUCAAGGUUGUUAGGAAGGAAAGGAGGUUAUUCUGGGACAAUUGUUCUCCUUAAAAACAAAGCAACUGGAGAAUUGAUAGCCGAAGGUCGUCAUUCACUGUUUGGUAGGCAUAACAGCAAAAUGUAA